AUUAAUUAAAUAAGUAAGUAAGUAGACUGGCUGCUAAUUUCAACUAAAUUUUAUAAAAAUUAGGAACUAAGCCCACAAAUAAAAAUGAAUGGAAUUAGGAAUAGAUAUAAACCUAAUAGCUUGGACGACUAAUAGAUAAAUUAAAAAUUAAGUUAGAAGCUAAUGCUCAAAACAUAUAGUAAAAAUGGGAAUUAAUAGUUAGUUUUGCAAGAUAAUAAGAUGUAGAAGUCAACAAAUAAUAAAGAUUAUUAUAAUGAGUUUAAUAUGCCUGUUGAGUAUAGCGAUGAAAAGCUACAAGUCAAGCAAAUUUCUAAAUAAUUAAUAUGCAUUUCGCCAGCUUCUAAACUUAAGGAGCAAUUAGAUCAAGGUAGGAAACAUAAUACUUAGGUUUCUAUCUUUACUGAUUUUAAAAAUUAGGAAGGAAAUGGAGGAAUUAAAAAAAUAGAAGCAUUGCAUAAAUAAUAAUAAAAUUAAACUCUAAAGCUAAAUCCAAUAUUUUAAAUAGAGACAAAGCAACCUUAAACUAGCAAUGUCUAUUCAAAAACAGAAUAAACUUACGAUUUAAUAUCUCUAAAUGAAGAAAAGCAAUAAAUCACUCUACCAGAUGAUGAUAAUAUAGUUAUUAACUAAAGCAAAACAAAAAGAGGGAAUUUUUCGUAAAAUUUACUUAAUGGGCCUGUUUUAACUGAAGGAAGCGAUUUUUCUAUUUUCGGAAGUACACAAACUAUUCCAAAAUUUUAGUUGAAGAGCAAUUUAACAACAUAAGAUACAUAGACUCUUAGUAAAUCUAAAAGUGACUAGCGUUUAAAUUCGAUAUUGAAUUAGUCAAGCAUGAAAUUUGAUUAGAGCAAAUCGAUAAUAGGAAUACUAAAUUCUUCUCAAAUGAAUAGCAGUAACGUUAACAAUAAAUCAGUAGAUAUUAAUUCUGAAGCAAUUAAAAGAUAAAAUUUACUACAUAAGAGCAAUUUCCUUCGUAAUUCAUCCUAUAAUUUAAAAAGCUAAUCAGACCUAAUAUAAUCUAGCAAGCCAUCGUCUAUGUUGCAGAAAAUAUAAAAUUUACAGACUACUUCAUCAUUUACAGGCAAGCAACGAAAGGUAUUCUCUGACAUUUCUCACCUUGAAUAACAUUUUACAAAUAUAAUGGAUUAUCCUAAAUGUAAAUAAAAAAUAUAUGACUCUAUGCUUUUGACACCUAAAGACAUUUAAACUUUACAUAAAAGUAGAUUAAAUAAGAAUAAGUUUUGGGUCAAGAUGGCACUAGGGAAUAUAAAGGUUUAGUAUUAAGCAGACUUGAAGAAAAUUAUGGAAAACAAAAAUCUAAGCUAUGUUUCUGAUUAAAAGCUCAUAGACCCGGUUUUAGUUAAUAUUACUGACAGUAACGGUGAACAGUUUAAGUAGAGUGUUUUUUAGGUUACUGAAAAUAAAAAGGAAUCCUAUCAGUCUUUUCACUUGUAAAGAUCUAUUGUAAAUUCCUUAUCCCCAUAGAGAAGAUUUUCAGAAACUAUGAACCAAAAAUAAUAUCAAAAUGUGAUCAAAGGUAGUAAUACAGAUUUAAAUUCUAAGCAUUUUCAAAGUGUCAGAGAUAAUAACAAAUUUUAGUAAAGCGAAAAUUAAUAGCAAUAAUAUAAAAAUACUACCAGCAGAUAAGAUGUAUAAGACCUUGAGAACUGGCUAGAAGUAAUGCUCUAACAAAUUUAUUCAGAAAAUAACUUGAAAGCCGAUUAAGUUUUAGAAAAUGUUUAGCUAAUUUAUACAGCUUGUUUAAAAGAACUCAUUCGCCAAGUUAGCCUUUAGUGUACUGAGAGAGGAUUGCUCAUAUAAAAAGUUUGGGAUGCAUAUUUAACUUUAUUUGAGAAGCUAAUAGAAUUAAAUGCUACUGAAAAAAGGAAUUUAGAAAAGUUAUAUAUUGAGGACGUUAAUAGAAUAUCAAAAGGUUAUGAAGCUAAUAUAAAUUAGUUAAGCAAGAGUCUCUCUUAAAUGCAAAUAAGCAUUGAUGAACUUACAAGUAAUUUGGAUAUGGCGAUAUAAAAUAAUCAUGUAUUGAAAGAAGUUAAUGAUAAAUUUUAGUCAGAAAUAAAAAUUAAAGAUGCAGAAAUAGAAUCUCUGAAGCAAAACAUAAAAUUGCUAUCUUGGGAUAAUGAUUUCUACUAAACUGAAUAUGUAAAUUAAUAAAAGAAUUAAGAAAAUCGAUAAAAAAUGGAAGAAAAAGCUUAUAUUAGGUUAAAGCAGUUAGAAGACUAAAAGUAUUAAAGCAUUUAAAACUAUUAAAAAUAAAGCAAUUCUAUACAAUUGUCAACUCCUAAUGUGUAAAAAACUCCUAAGUAAAAUAAUUUCAUUGAUUUCAAAGCAGCUAAUUACUAAACAUAGCAGUUGAAAAUUGAAAAAAGAUGUAAAUCAGCUAACAAUUCUAUUCUACAUUUAGAGGAAUUAAAUAUUGAAAUGGAAUCACUUUAUGAAUUUUCGAAGUUAAGAUUCCCAAUAAAAACUUUUACUGAGGAAGAAACUUAGACAGAGAAUAUUGAAAUAAACUAAGAAAAGCAUUAAACCAAUAGUUAAUAAGAAAGAAUAGAAAAAGAUCAAAGUGAUAUAAUAAAUCAAGCAAUUUAAGAAAGAGAAAACUAAUUAAGACAAUAAAUAGAGUAGGAAUUGAAGGAGCAAAUAGAGAGCAAUUUAAGAAGUUAAAUAAAAUAAUAACUAAGAGAAUAAAUAGAAAAUGAAUUAUAGCAAAAAUAUAGCUAGCAAUAAUAAUAAAAAGAAAAAUAAAAUAGUUAACAGUCGUAGAGAUUGCAAAGGGAUAGUAAGCAACAGUCAAAUUAAAAAUAAAAAUAGCCAAAUUAAAAUUAAUAACUUAAGUAAUUGAUAGAAUAACUUAAUUUAGAGAAAUAGUAAAUGUAAUUGGAAAAGUAGCAGCUUUAAUAAGAAAUCUAAAACAUAAAGAAGGAUCAGGAAUAAAAGAUUUAACAACAAGAGGAGGAAAUAGAGUAAAUGGAGUAAUUAUUAGCUGAAAAAGAUUAAUUAAUAACACAAAAAGAGAAAAUUAUAAAAGAAAAAGAAAUGGGAUCUUAGAUUAAAACUAAAGAAAUCCAACAAUUACAGUAAGAUUAAAAAAAAUAAACAAAAGAAUUUUAGAAUAAAAUUGAUAAAAUUGAAGAGUAAUUAAAAAAAUAUAUCGAAAAAGAAAAGAUUUAAUUAACUUCUUCCACUACUUCUUAAUUUGGUAAUGUUGAAAUAAAUUAAACAGAUUGGAGGUCUAUUUAUUAAGCAAUCAGAGAUAAUUCUGAUCUGCCAGAUAUCAUUAAAUAAAAUAUUGACAUAAUGCUGAAUCUGAUUACUAAAGAGUAAGAAGAGCAAAAAGCUAAAAACUAAGAAACAAGUCCUCAAAACUAGAAUGAAAUAACUGAGCAAUAACCAAUUGAGAAUGAACAAUCUUUGAUAAAACAAUCCUCAAAAUCUUUUUAAAAUUAAAAUGAAAAUCAAUUUUAAAAUAUCAAUCCCGAUCCUCAAUAAGACUAGGAAGAAAAAAUCCAGCAGAUGAAAGAAUUAGAAGAUGCCAAGCUGGAGAUAGAAGAAAUCAAAGACAAUGUCUCUGAUUUGACUAAUAAAAAUAAGAAACUAAUUAACAAGGUAAAGUAACUCAAGGACAUCAUAAGGAGUUAAAAGAAUACUAUAAUAAAAAUAUAAGAUAUUGCUAAGUAGCUAGUACAAGAAAAUAGAAAAAUAUAAUAAUAAACAAAUGAAUAUUCAAUAUAAGAUAUGGGAUAAAAUACUUAAGAAUCAUUUAACGAUAUUCCUUUUCCUAAAGAAGAAAUUAAAUCAGAUGAACCUGAAAAUAUUUCCAUAAUUGAAUUUGUUCCAAUAGAACAAUAGAGCUCUCCAACUUCUAAGACUAAAAGCAUGGCUAAGAACUUUAAAAUGUCACAACCUUAGUCAAAGAAAAGUAUUUCUAAACCUGGAGAAAAUUCUCCCACAUAAAUAUUCAAAAAUAAGUAAGCUAGAAGGUCUAGGUUUGAUGCUCUAAUAAACUAGUUAGGAGAUUUAACUAACGAUUUUAUAAUCAAUGACGAAGAUGGUAAAGAAGAUGUAGACUUUGAUGACUACCUUCCUCAGAUUCAUAAUGUGAGAAGAUCGUCGAUGAGACUGUUUACUAAUAAGAAAACAAAGACAUAUGAAUUUAAAUUAGGAUAAGUUUAAAAAAAGGACAGAACUAUCAGUGCUAAUGCAGAACCUGCUCUUAAAUUAUUAAGCAAAGUUUAAGAUAGGAUAAAGGAAAAUAAGCACUAAAUUUCAUAAACAAAAAACAAUAUCAUAAAAUUUGUAUUGAAUGUUUAUUAAGAUAGAAUUAAAAACCCUUAAAAUGUGUAAAACCCUUUAUAUGUUAUAGCUUACGACAACAUGAUGUAGAAAUACGGUUUAAAGAAAGUUGCUGAGACUAAACUUUAAUAAUUUUUAGAGAGCACAAUGAAAUACUUAGAUAACUCUAGAAUCAAAAUGUUUUCACGAUUUGCUAGAAUUUAUGAUCCUUACGAUAGUUAAGAUUUUGAGCUCUAUAUUAAAUGUCUUAAAUUCGUUGAAGAGUCUGGAAACAGUGGCAUGCAAAUUAUAAAUUAGCCAUUUGAUAGAAUGUUCAUUUCUCAUGAACUUUCGCUAUAAGCGUUAACAAAUUAAUUUCAAGAUAUCAUAAGUCAAGAUAAAGUAAUAGAAUUAGUUGAUUGGAUUAACAAAAACAAGAUUUAGGAUAAGAAUAAAUCAGAUUUAAUAGACUUUGAUGAUAUGAUGGAGUAAAUAUUAGAAAAAUAUAAUUAAACAAAAAAUAAUGUCCUAGGAAAUGUAGAAGAUUUAUUUUUUGCAGCAGAUCUUAAUAAAAAUGGCUAAAUAGAAAUUGAUGAAUUUAUUACUUUGUAUCGUCAUUUAGAAAAAGAAAGAUUUGAUUUAAAAAAAGCUUAGGAUUUGUUUUUAAGUGAAGCUGAUAUUAUCUCCUCUGAUGGUGAAAGAAAUCUUUCAUUGAAUAAAUUUGCAAGCAUCUCCCUUUAAGAAGGAUUAUUUAAAAUUGAUAAACAGACAGCAUUUUCUAAUUAAAUUUCGCAUAACGAUUUUGUUAGAAACAUUGACCAGUUAAGGGUUUGCUGGAAAGACAUUUGCUCUAAAAUUAAGAAGCGACUAAUGAGAUGCAACUCUUAUACUGACAGCUUCAAAGAAAUAAUAGAGAAUCUUGAUAGCUAAUUGAAACAGAAGCUUGAUAAAGAUUAAUUUUUAUGGAUUUCUUACAGACUGUUAGAUGAAGAGUCUAAGCGCUUUGUUUUGGAGUAUGAAGUGGAUUUACUUGUGCCUGUGAAGUUCAAUCAAAUUCAAGAUGCGUUUUAUGAAUUAGAAGAUUCUAUGAUCUCUAAAUGA